UGUCAAAGCUUGUCUCCGAGACGUAUGGUGAUGAGUGCUGCAAGACAGCGCUGGAGGCUGCUUGGUCAGGUACUUGCUAGAAAACGAGAGAGUCGACCAUUUCGAUCUGAAAAACACUGUGCUUCAACAAGAAAAUUUAUUUCAUUUGGGCUACUAUCAACCACACACCUUGAUACAGAUGAUGAGUUUAAUUCGUGGUACAGAUAUACAUGUCAAGAUGUAACAGAAUUCAGUGUUGAUAUCAGGCAAUUGACUGGUCCCAUGGGAAUUGAAGAACUUAUUGGGUUUAAUAACACUGGAAAUGUAUGUGUGUGGCCAUCAGAAGAAGUAUUAACUUAUCAUUGUCUUAAACAUAAAAACUCUUUCAGGAAUAAAACUGUGUGCGAAUUAGGUGGUGGUAUGACAUGUCUUGCUGGCAUUUCGAUUGCUGCUUUUUGUGAAGCCAAAGAAGUGCUGCUAACAGAUGGAAAUGAAAUAUCUGUCAAAAAUGUACACCCAAUUAUUAAAAGAAACCACAGUACUUUUGGAUCAACUAAAGUAACAACAAGAGUUAUAAAAUGGGACAAAGAUAAUAAAUAUGGUGACAUUGCGGGCUAUUUUGAUCAUAUAAUAUGUGCUGAUUGUUUAUUUUUUGAACAGUUUCAAGAAGAUUUACUUCAUGUGAUUUAUACAUUAUUAAAACCAGAGGGAUUGGUAACAGUAUUUGCUCCAUGUAGAGGCAACACAUUGGAGCAGUUUUGUGAAAUGGCUAUCGAUGGCUUUGUUGUGGAAAGAACUGAUAAUUAUGACCAAACCGUGUGGGAGAAACAUUUGCAGGCUAAAGAAAAGGAACAUGAUAUAUACAUUGAAGAUAGACACUAUCCAGUGAUGAUUAUACUUCGUAAAUUGAAAGUAACACCACAUAGAUUACAUGUACAAGCUGCUAAUCAGGGAUGAAUUGUGACCAAAAUAUAACAUUGUAUUAAUAAGCAAGCAUUGUAUAUUGCCUUUGAAUUCAUUUACAACAUAUUUUUACUUGUAAGAUAUUGAUGCAGUCUGUACAGCCGGGUAUUAAGUAAUAUUGUUUACAUUCACUAUAUUGGCUUCAAUAUGGACAUAUAUAGGGUAUGCAAUUCUCAAGAUAGUUUACACUAAACGAACAGUUGUACAAUAUUUUUAAACUUCAAAUAUUAUAUAGUAUGUAUAAAUGUGUUGUUUGAGACAUUUUUGGUAUUUAGAAGGUAAUGAGAGUAGGCUGAAUUUUAUUUUCUGGAGUGUACUUGGAAAGUUACUGUCUUUCCACGUGUAUGUUUAUAACACUAGCCAUUAUUUUAUUCAGAGUAGGUGUUCAUUUUGACCGACAACUGCCUAGUUUCUACAUCACUGGUACUAUCCAAUUGAAUACCUGUCACUGCUGCCAUGUGUGCACAGAUAAGUGUUACCUGCAUGUGUUCUUUU